CUCUGCAACAUCCCCACAGUAUACCCCCUUCUCUCCUCUGCCCCGCCCCCAUGCUGAUGCAAGCCUCCUCAUCCCAUUCCUGGACUGUUGCCAUAGCUGCUGGAGUGUCUACCUGCCUCUAGUCUCUCUCCAUUUCUGUCCAUUCUUCAUUUGGUUACCAAGUGAUUUUCCUAAAGUAAAAGUCUCACUGUGUUAUUCCCCCUACUCAGUAAACUCCAUUGGCUCCAUAUGGCUUUUAAGACAAAUACAGGGGGCAGCUAGGUGGCAGAGUGGCUCGAGCACCAGCCCCGAAGUCAGGAGGACCUGAGUCUGGCCUCACAUACUUAACAUUUCCUAGCUGUGUGACCCUAAGGUAGUUACUUAACCCCAACUGCCUCAGGAAAAAAAAAAAAACCAUACAAAAUGCACUAUUAGUCAUUGAAAGCCUUUUAUUUAUUACCUGCUUUUCCUUCCUUUCCAAUCCACCCCCACCUAACUUCCUAAGAAGUACUCUUGAUCCAAUGACUGCAGCCUCCUGGCUGUUCACAAAUAAGGGCCUCCCCCUUUGGAUUCUGGGCAUUCUCUGUCCGCUAUUUUGUGAGCAGUCUGCUCAAACUACUGACUUCCCUGACAACUAGAAUCCCUCCUCCUACAGGAAGCUUCCCCAACCCCUCUUCGUUCUCUUGGUUUUUUCCUUACUUAUCCCACGUCAGGCUUAUUUGGAUGUAUUUGUCUGUCUCUCCUUUUGAACCUGAGCUUUCGGAGGCCAGGCACUCGAGUUUUUUUGCCUUUCUUUGUAUCUGUAGCAUUUUGCAUUGUGCCCAGCACAUACAAGCAUGUAAUGUUUAUUAUAUUGAAUUAUGACUGUACCAACUGUGUGUCCUAGGGCAGGACAUUUCAUCCUUGAGCCCCCAUUUUCCUCCUAUGUAAUGACAGGAACUGUCAAGAAGGUCUACGAAACACUUUCUAGAUGAAUAUCAGCUCCCUGAGAGCUUUUUGUUUUUGUAAUGCCCCUCCCCCCUGACUUGCACACAGUAGGUGCUUAAUAAAUGCUUAUCCCUGUGAAGUAGAAAGCACACAUUUUAUGUGCGCUUAGAUGAGUCUAAGGCUUAGCAGUGUGAAGCUACUUGGGCUAAGAUUGUCUGGGACCCUAGACACUGCUGCUGUCCUCCAGAGCUGUGGCCAGGACCCUGGGCCACCCAUCCUCCCACCUCGGCCACCUCAUGGGGCCUCAGGCCACUGCUAAAAGCAGGUGGGGCUGGAGAGGGGCCUGGUGGCCGAGGGACCCUGAGGAGGAGAAGCCCAACCCAGGAGCAGCUCCCUCCCAGGGGCGAGAUCCCUGAAGAACACGGGGAUUGAGGAUUGGGGAGCUAGCGCCCCAUUAAUGUGCACAGCAUGGGGCAAGGACUCCCCAGGUUGAGAAGGUCCGUGUUCUCUCCCAUUGGGUUUGCUGGCAGGUGCUGCUCUGUUGGCGUUCACUAUGGAGGAAGGCGAGGAAGGCUCGGUGAGGGGAGCCGGCGAGGGAGAAGCCCAGAACGACCUUCCUCUUUUGAUCGAGGAGAAAUUUGACUUUGACCUCUCCCUGUCUUCAUCCAGUGCCAACGAGGACGACGAGGUUUUCUUCGGGCCGGUCGGGCACCGGGAGCGCUGUGUGGCCGCCAGCCUGGAGCUGCAGGGCCUGGUGCCCGCCGAGUCGCCGCCCUGGAGCCCCCUGGUGGGGGAGCAGUUCCAGGAGAUCUUCCGGGAGGCGCGGCUGCUGGCGCUGCAGAUCAAGAGCAGCAGCAAGAAGGCGGCGCCGGAGCCGGGCCCGGGGGAGGACUUCGUGCAGGAGGCCCGGCUGAAGCUGGACAUCUUUGAGCGGGGCCUGCAGGCCCGCCGGAGCCCCCUGGCGCUCAAGAGGGAGACCUACUGCGUGCCGACCCCGGAGGCGGGCCCGGUGCGGGCGCUCUCCUUCGCCGACUCCCCGGGGGCCCCGGAGCCCGCUCCCGACGCCCGGCUUCAGAGCCCAGGGGCGGCCGAGAAGAGAGCCGCCAGCCGCCUGCAGCCCCCCAGGCCCUCGGCCGCGCUCGGAAAGGGGGCCCCUGCCAAGCCUCCGCCAGGAAGACAGGCCGCCCCUCCCAGGCCCCCGGCCACGGGCUCCCGAGCCUCCUUGGGGGCCGAGCCCUCGGACCAGGCCGGCAGCGCCCCCAGCAAGUUUGGGGCGAGAAGGAUCCUGCUGAAGCCUCCUGGGCCGCCCAGGGCCCUCCCCGGGAGAACGAGCACCCCCGCUUCGAGCUCGUCGGGGACCCCGCGCGGGGCAAAGGGGGCCGGGCCCUCCUCGGGCAGAGGGCGCGGGGCUGGAGGGGCCGCUGUGCGGGCGGGCACAGGGGCAGGGGCAGGCCUGCAGCGGGCACAGGUGGGCACAGGGGCGGGCACAGGCAGGGGCAAGCCUGCAGCGGGCACAGGGGCACAGGCAGGGGCAGGCCUGCAGUGGGCACAGGAGCAUGGGCGGGCACAGGGGCAGGGGCAGGCCUACAGGGGCACAGGCGGGGGCAGGCCUGCAGCGGGCACAGGUGGGCACAGGGGCGGGCACAGGCAGGGGCAGGCCUGCAGCGGGCACAGGCGGGUACACGGUCUCCCUUGUGUAAGCUGGGCCCGCCCUCGGGAGCUUUGCCAGAAGAGCCUCAGAGUCAGAGCCGGGCCUGGGUCCCAGGGCCCGGACUCCCGGCCUGCUCGCGGCCUCCAUCUGGUGGCGAGCGGCGGUAACUGCAGGCCGGGUCCGCAGGGGGCCCAGCAAGGCCGGGUUGGGCCUGGUUCCUGCCCGGGAGCCUGCGGGCUGGCGGGGAGGGGCCGCGGGGCGGGGGGAGGGGGCUGGGGACCAGCGGCCCUCACUCUGCCUCCGGCUCUCGGGCUUUGCAGCCAAACCGAGCGAGGCUUUCGGGCACCUGCCCGACACUCCCCGGCCCAAGCCGAGCGGCGGGAACCCGAAGCAAAGCCAGGUGGUCCGGGCCGCGCCCUCUGCCGCCCGCACCACCCCCUGUGCCGCCCGGGCCAGGGAGCCCGCCUCGGUUUCCCUGAAGCAGCCGCAGACGCCCCAGACGGGGCUCCCGAGGCCGAGCUCCCUCCCCAGCCUCUCCCAGCUCUCUCAGCUGCCCAAGCCCCGGGGGCCCGGCUCCAGAGCCAAGGCGGGACCCCCGGCCUCCAUCCCCCCGCGGGCGGCCGCGCCCUCUGCAGGAGCCUCGUCGGACACCGUGACUCCUCGCAGCCUGGGCCCGAGCCGGCGGCCCCCGCGGCCCUCCUUGGGAAGCUCCGUCCCGAGGGCCGCCUCUGCCCGCUGCUCCUCGGGGGGGCCCUGCAGCCCCCUGCGCUCGGCGCCCGAACCCCCCUGAGCGUCCGGCGCCUGUCCGCCCUGCCCACGCCGUCCAGGCGCCGAGCCUCGGCCCUUCCCGCGUGGCCCACGCCCCGGCCCCCCUCCCGCGCGCCCCCCAGGAAGGCCGAAGGCAGGCCCGAGCAAGCCCAGGAAACGAGCAGGCCGGAGGCUCGUCCCACCUUGGACUCCCCGGGGCUGGCGCCUUUGGCCCUCAGCUUUGCUUCUCCGGAGCAGACGGCGCCAGAGACCCCCAGGCCGGAGACUCAGGAGCAGCCAGAGACCCCCAGGCUGGAGACCCCCAAGCCAGGGACCCAGGAGCAGCCGGAGACCCCCAGGCCGGAGACUCAGGAGCAGCCAGAGACUCAGGGGCAGCCGGAGACCCGCAGGCUGGAGGCCCCCAAGCCAGGGACCCAGGAGCAGCCGGAGACCCCUGGGCUGGAGACCGCAGAGCAGCGGGAGGCCACGCAGGCCCCCUCUGAGGUACGGGCAGUGUGGGGGCAGGCCCAGCUGGUCCACGUCGGAGCCCCGGCCUGCCCCGCAGUCCCGGCGCCGCCUCCCCCCUGCCGGCCGCUCAUCGACUUCUCCAACAGCCCCGAGGCGGGCCCGCGGCGGCUCCCCCUGACCCCGCUCCCGGCCGGCAAAGGCCAGCUUCUCAUCGACCUGUUUCACUCUCCAGAAGCGGCCCCGGGCGGCCCGUCCAAGCCCCUGCCGGUCACGGGCCAGCUGAUAGACCUGAGCUCCCCACUCAUCAGCCUCAGCCCCCUGGGGGAGGACAAAGAAAACCAGGACUCGCUGCUGCUCAAGUUUUAGGCGGCCGCCGGCCCCGGGACCCCGCGGGAGCGCCGGCCUGCCGCAGGGAGGGGCUGGGCGGGGGCCCCUGCCCCGCUGCCCGCCCGG